AUGUGGCCGGAGAAUUGCUUGAAAGCGAAAUGUGACAUGGUCUAUUUGCAUAAAUGCCCGGAAGAUUCUCGAUUAGUAAUACCGCCACCGCCACCUGGAGAAUGUUGUGCACCACCUGGAGAAUGUCAUUGUGAUAUACAGAAAUGUUAUCCAUUGGUACCAGUAUGUGAAAGUGGUCUUGAACGUGUUCUUGUAAAAAAAGGUAUCAAUGAACCAGGUCAUUGUUGUGAUAUUUUUGAAUGCAAGCAACCAGAAUUGCAAUGCGAGAAUGUACAUUGUGACCGUCAUUUUUUGGAUUACAACGAAGAAGAAUGUCCUAAUGAUAGCAUUCGAACUGCUAGUUAUGUACCAGCUGGAACUUGUUGUCCAAUUAAUCCUGAAUGUCGAUGUCGUGCAUCAAUUUGCAUGCCAGCAUCAUGUCCCGAAGGUCAAAAGGUGAAGAUUUUACAAAAAGGUGACGGAACACCUGGACGAUGUUGUGAUCAAUUUACCUGUGAAAAUGGCGAUGACAUGAUAAGCAUAAAUGGGAAACGAUGUCCAUAUAAUGGUGAAAUCUACGAUGACGGUGAACGGUGGCAUACAGGUAGUUGUGAGCAAUGCAAAUGCAAAAGUGGUAUCGCAUUAUGCAGUAAAAUGACCUGUGCAAGUCCUCCAUCACAUUGUACUUGGGUAGCUAUACCGGAAAAUGAAUGUUGCCCAGUAUGUCUUGGCUGUCAAACUGAUGGUAAAAAGCAUAAACGAAAUGAAACAUGGCAAAAAGAUGAUUGUACAACUUGCUCUUGUGGUCCAGAUGGUGUACAUUAUUGUCAAAAACAUAUGUGUCAAGUGGAAUGUGAUAAUCCAAGAAAAAUUCCAGGCCAAUGUUGUCCUAUAUGUGAUGAACCAACAAUAAUAGUAAAUCCAGCAAUUUGUCCAUCAUUAGAGCAUUGUCCAUUACGAUGUGAAAAUGGCCUAUUGCGCGACUCAAAUGGUUGUUUCCAGUGCAAAUGCGCACCUGUACAAAAUGUUAUCAGUGGCAAUUGUCGAGAACUUAGCGAUGUUACCUGUGAUAAAAUUUGUGCUCAUGGCUAUUUGCGCGACGCUAAAAGUUGUCCUGUAUGCAAAUGCGCCAAAUGUCCACCGCUUCAUCAAUGUUACAAACAUUGCUUAUAUGGUUUUGAAAGUAAUAAUAAUGGUUGUCCAGUAUGUAAAUGUCGAGCAAUGAGUCGAAUUGAUGCCAAAUUGUUAUCAUUGCAAAAAGAGCCCGAUGGUUGGGAUAAAUGUUACUCAUUUAGCACACAAACGGGUAAAUUAUAUGAGCGUGAUAGUGGUGAAUGGUGGAAUGAUGGCUGUCGACAUUGUUUCUGUGAGCAAAAACAUGAAUUUUGUUCACUAAUUUCAUGUCCACAAAGAAAUGAAUCAUGUCCUAUUGAACAUUGGAAAAAAAGAGAAGAUGCUUGUUGUGCAAGUUGUGAUUUAAAACCAUUGCUGGAAUUAUCGAAGCAUGAGCAUACAGUAUGUCAAAGUGCUGGACGUUUAUUUGUUGACGGAGAAACGUGGCAAUUAGCUCCUUGUACGUCAUGCACAUGUCGCGUAGGUAAUGUCCUAUGUCGUGUGGUCGAAUGUCCACCAAUUGCAUGUCCCAUACCUAUUUUUGACGAAAGAAAUCAAUGUUGCCCUAAAUGUCCGGAAGAAACAAAAUCGUCAGUAAGCAUUCCGGAAGUGACACUAUCAAAUAUCGUUAAUGUGGUAUGCACGGAUAACAAUUAUGUUGUGCAUGUUGCUGGAUCAAGUUGGAGGACAGAUGAAUGCACCUCAUGCAAAUGUGUUGCAAUUGACGGUGAUGCAAAAAUUGAAUGUUUCGAGGAGAAAUGUCGACAGUUAACAGAUUGUCGUGGAAUACCAUUAACAAUCAAAGGAAGAUGUUGUCCUGUUUGUUCUGAUGUGCUAUCAUCUGGUGCAGUAUGCAGUUAUGGUGAUAAUGUAUAUAGUGUUAAUGAAGAAUGGCGUGAUGGUCCAUGUCGUAAUUGUACCUGUCAACCAGGUGGUGGAACAAUAUGUAAAGAGCAACAAUGCGCAAAAUGUAAUGAUUCCAUACAAAUACCUGGAUAUUGCUGUCCAAUUUGUAAAGAUGUAGAAUGGCGAUCCUUUGGCGAAGGCCAAUUUCAAUCAGUAUUAUCAGAUGGCAAUGACUCAUCAUCUUCGUUAUCAUCAACAACUUCACAAAUGAAUACAAUGUUAUACGGAGUUUGCUUAACCGGAUUUAUCCUUAUUGGUGUCAUCGUUUUCAUUCUUAUUUAUAAAUUGAUCAAACAAAAUAAGAAUAAUGAUGAAAAGAAAUCGCCAAUUCAUUAUAAUAGCUCAACUGUUUUAUUGUCAGCUACAAAAGCGAUCGGAUCAACUCCACAGUUGUAUGAAGAUAUGCCAACUAGAAGGGAUAGUUGUGAUGAUGGACAAAGUGAAUUACUUAUUUCAUCAAACUCUGAAACAAGUUCCGCAUCAUCAUCCAAUGGCAGCUCAGGAUACGGACCACAUUACGAUACAUUACCAUUAAAUCCAGUGAAAAAAAGUGUUAGUCGAACAAAAUCAAUGGAUUACGGUAUUCGACGCGGUUUUGGUUCAUUUAAAAAUAACGCAUUUGGUAAAUUGGAUAAUAAGCAUGGAUCAUGCAAUGUAUAG